AUGAGCCGCCCCAGCGCGAGCACGCCGCCGCUGACGGUGCAUGUGCGCAGUGGCGAAGCGUCUGUGUCCGUGGACACGCGCGUGCUAGUGCAUAGCGAAGCGCUCAAGCAAAGCGGUAUACCCACAGGCGCGCACGUCCUACUUCGUGCCUCAUCCCAGCCAUGGUUGGCUGGCACUGUAUGGCCCGACUUUGAGGCUGAGAAGCUCACAGUGUCUGUGCCGUCCAUGCUCGUCGAUCCAGCCACACCAUGUCCCCGCCACGUCGAAGUGGAAUGGCUUCGACAGGUGCCAAUGGCUUCGGACGUGCAUGUCACAGCGUCCGAUGUGCCUGCAUCGCACCAUGAACUCUUACGCACAGUCCUCCUGCAUACGUUGAUCGAUAUCGGCGCGGUGUACGUCCCCAGCACCAUGUCCAUUACAUUUAUGGGACAUACAUACCCCAUGCACAUCGUAUCGGCCACGACGUCGUCGUCAGACGCCCUCGCGGACGCACCGCUUCUGGUAGCUCGGCAUACGUGUGUGCACUUGUCCGAAGCAGCGGCGCCGCCGCCUCCGUCGCUGGUCGAUGAGACGGCGUACGGUGCAUUGGGAGGCCUCGAUGCGCAGAUCGCAGCCAUUCGCACGCUCGUCGAAUUGCCGCUGACCCAGCCGGCGCUGUUUGAGCAGUACGGCCUGAAACCGCCGCGAGGCGUUUUGCUCUAUGGCCCUCCAGGCACAGGCAAAACGUCGUUGGCACGCACAGUAGCAGCUUCAUUGCAUGCGCAUGUUCUCACUAUCAAUGGCCCUGAGCUGUCGUCGGUCUACCAUGGUGAAACGGAAGCCAAGCUGCGUUCCGUGUUUGAGACGGCCGCGACGUAUGAGCGAUGCAUUGUCAUUAUGGACGAAGUUGAUGCACUGGCCCCACGCCGCGAUGCCAGUGCAGCGAUGCCAUCGGAGGGCGCAGGCGAAGUAGAGCGGCGUGUCGUCGCGACGUUGCUGACACUGCUGGACGGUAUGGCAUCGACACGCGUCGUGGUGAUUGCCGCUACCAACCGACCCAAUGCGCUGGACCCUGCUCUCCGACGCCCAGGGCGCUUGGAUCGCGAAAUUGAGAUUGGUGUGCCGGAUGUGCCUGCACGCUACGCCAUUCUGCAAGUCCUCCUGCAAAAAGUACCGCAUGCGCUGCAGGACGAUGAUGUGCAAGCCUUGGCAGCUCGGACGCAUGGCUAUGUGGGCGCCGACCUGGCCGCCUUGGUCCGCGAAGCGGGGAUGGUAACGAUUCAGCGGCGGGUGCAAGCGCCCUUGCAUGAGUCGCUGGGCCACCUGUCACUCGACGCAGCGCCGGAACGUGUUACCAUGGCCGAUUUCACAGCGGCGCAAGCCGUUGUACGCCCUUCGGCCAUGCGCGAAGUGUUUGUCGAGACGCCCAAAGUGACGUGGGCCGACAUUGCGGACGAGGACCACGACGAAGACGACAACAACAACGCGCAGCCCAGCAUCAAGCGCCAAAUUCAGCAGUGUGUGGAGUGGCCGUUGAAGCAUGCCGAUACCUUUGCCCGCCUCGGCAUUGAUCCGCCACGAGGGGUCUUGCUCUAUGGCCCUCCAGGCUGUAGCAAGACGCUCACAGCCAAAGCACUUGCGCGAGAAAGCGGGCUGAACUUCCUCGCGGUACGUGGCCCUGAGUUGGUCAGCAAGUAUGUGGGCGAGUCGGAGCGUGCGAUCCGCGAGGUGUUCCGUCGCGCGCGCGCUGCGGCGCCGUCGAUUGUCUUCUUUGAUGAGCUGGAUGCCAUUUCAGGCGUACGGAGUAUGGAUGCAAGCAGUGGCUCGACCGAUCGCAUAGUCGCCAGUCUUCUUACAGAGAUGGAUGGCAUCGAUGCAGAGAGUCAUGUGGUCGUCGUCGCAGCGACCAAUCGCCCGGAGUGUAUCGACCCGGCGUUGCUACGCCCGGGCCGUAUGGACCGUCUGCUGUACGUCGGCGCGCCUAGCCGAUCUGUACGCAGCAAGAUUCUCGCGUUACGCAUGAAGCGGAUGCGUGUGGCCGACGAUGUGGACGUCGGAGCGAUUGCAGAGUUGGCCGACGGGUGCUCCGGCGCGGAAGUCGUAUCGAUCUGCCAGGAAGCCGGUUUGCGGGCUUUGCAUGAAGACAUGCAUUGUGAUGCCGUAGCGCAUCGUCACUUUGCUGACGCAGCGCGGGCCAUGCCUCGGCGUAUUACGCCAAGUAUGCUGGCUCAGUACGAUGCAUGGCGAACCAAGAUGGCCUUGUAA